CCCAGAGGAGCUGUUAGCCUGUGGAGGAAGUUCGGCUCUGUUUGGGAGAGGAAGAGGAGUGCUCCUGUUGGUGACAUCAGAGAAAUUUGAAGCCUUCAGUGGGACCUGCUCUACUCCCCCCUCCUCAGACCUUCUCCUGCCUGGGCUCCACACAAGGCAAAACCUCCACGUGCUGCACCCAACUCUCUCACCUCCUGUGGGUCGACUUCACACCGCUGUCCCCUGCUCGAUCCUGGAGAUUUCAGCCCCUCCCCCUUGUAAUUUCUUUCUAAAUAAACUCAUAAUUGUGAAUAAAGAUGGAACUACAGAAGUUUGUUAACGGGACCCAGCUCCAUGACCCAUCUGUAGAAGGAGGAAUGCUGCCAGAGGAAGAGAUGUUUCUGCCACACAAGUCAGACUCAUCGAAGAGAUCUCAGUUUACAGACUUUGAGGGAAAGACCUCAUUCGGCAUGUCCGUGUUCAACCUGAGUAACGCCAUCAUGGGCAGUGGCAUCCUGGGUCUGUCCUACGCCAUGUCCAACACCGGAAUCAUCCUCUUCCUAAUCCUGCUGACAUGCAUCGCCGGACUGUCCUGUUACUCUGUGCACCUGCUGCUGAAGAGUGCGGGGGUGGUGGGGAUCCGAGCAUACGAGCAGCUAGGCCUACGAGCGUUUGGGCAUACGGGUAAAAUCCUGGCAGCGGUCAUCAUAACACUACACAACAUCGGAGCCAUGUCCAGUUAUCUGUUCAUCGUCAAGUACGAGCUGCCUCUGGUGAUUCAGGCCUUCUUGGGACAUACCUCCAGCACAGAUGACUGGUUCAUGAACGGAAACUACCUCAUCAUCAUCGUCACUGUGUGCAUUAUCCUGCCUCUGGCCCUGAUGAAGCACCUGGGAUACCUGGGCUACACCAGCGGCUUCUCUCUGUCAUGUAUGGUCUUUUUCCUCUCUGCUGUCAUCUACAAAAAGUUCAACAUCCCCUGUCCUCUGGAUGUGUUUGGUAACCACUCUGCCAGCACUGUGGCCCCAGAGGACGUGUGCACAGCCAAACUCUUCACCAUCAACUCACAGACGGCCUACACUGUUCCGAUCCUGGCCUUUGCCUUUGUGUGUCACCCCGAGGUGCUGCCCAUCUACACCGAACUGAAAAAUCCGACCAAGAGAAGAAUGCAGAAUAUUGGCAAUGUGUCCAUUUUGGGAAUGUUCACCAUGUACUUCUUCACAGCCAUAUUUGGAUACCUGACGUAUUAUGGGAACACGGAGCCAGAGCUGCUGCACACCUACAGCCUGGUGGACCCUCUGGACACUCUGAUCCUGUGUGUGAGGCUGGCGGUGCUGGUGGCUGUCACCCUCACUGUGCCCGUGGUGCUCUUCCCGAUCCGGCGUGCUCUCCUGCAGUUGCUCUUCCCUGAAAAGCCCUUUCACUGGUGCCGACACAUUUGCAUCGCUGUGUGCCUGCUCUUCGCCGUCAACCUGCUUGUCAUCUUUGUCCCCAACAUCCGGGACAUCUUCGGCAUCACUGGAGCCACCACAGCGCCCAGCCUGAUUUUCAUCCUCCCUGGUCUCUUCUACAUCCGCAUCAUCCCCACAGAGCAGGAGGCCCUGACCUCCAGACCCAAGAUCCUGGCUGCCUGCUUCUCGGCUCUGGGCUUCGUCUUGAUGACCAUGAGCCUGACCUUCAUUGGCAUAGAUUGGACGAGCGGAGAGGGGCGAAGUCUGGGUGGACAUUAGCGUGGGUCCAGUGUUAGUAGCGGCCCGGCCCUGCCUCCCUCUGGGUCCUGGGUGCGGGAGAGGCUGCAGGACUACUCCACAUGGCUCUGCAGGAGUCUGGACUGUGGGCAGUGGACUUGGCUCCUCAAGCCCUUAGGUUGAACCCCCAUGUGUGGUGAUCAUGGCCCCCAUGCCGUGAGAGGACUCUGAUGAUGUUAUUGUAAAGACGUGCAGCAGGUAAAGCUAAUUUGACACAUGUGAAUCAGCAGUGAUCAGGGGAGUCUGUGCAGCUUUAGACACCACUGACUGUGGCUCAAGGUUCUGUGGGUGAAGAGAAUAAUUAACUGUGCCAUGAAAAUGUGCUUUUUCAUGCUAAAUAAACAAUUCCAACAUUUG